AUGGCGACAGACUCCGCGUUCCUCGCCGAGGUGGAAGACUUCCUGGUCUCGUUCGACCUGCCGACGUUCCCGACGCUCCGCACACUGGCCAGCGAUGGGAACAGCGACGAGGCCUUACCCAUCGACGCUGUGUCGAAGCAUGAGGAAGCUCCACAACCUCUGCCGUCCAGUACUUCGGCUGCUUUGAAGAAGACGCCUCUGGACGCCGCUACGAAGCUGGAGCUCGAGAGAGCGAAAGACCGCAAGCGACGCAGCGCAUACCGCGAACGUCGGAGGGCCGAGAAGGAGACUCUGCAGAAACAAGUGGGGGAGCUCUCGGAAGAAAAGGUGGCGCUCAAGAAGAUUAAAGACGCCGAGAGGUCCGUCGCAUCGGCGGCGUGGGAGAUGGUGGCCAAGCGCCAAUUGCAGGCACGACUGAAUGCCGAGGAGAAGCAGCGUCGGUUAAUCCAGGCGGUCGAGUCUCAAGCGAAUGUGAUUGAGGAGUUCAAGGGUUUCAUGCAUGAGCGUCUCAGUAUUGUGGACGACACGGGCGAUGCGAUCUACAAACAGAAGCGGAUUCGUCUGGAGCCUUCCGACGCGGAGUUCUACAAGGCUUUUGCAGACGAAUUGGAUGCCAUCUAUGCUCACACCGACGAAGCGUUGAAGGCGUAUGGAUUGGACUCGACGGAUGCAGGUUGGGACGGACCGAGACGGAAGUGGAACGAGGAAGGAGACGGCGGGUACUACGUGUAUGCUGAUAAGCACGUGAUGCCAUUUGACUUCAAACACAUCUGUAAGUUUACAUGGAAAGUGGCGCAGUUGGAUCAUCGCCAAGAGGAUCGUGAGCAUUACGACGGCAUCGAAAGCCCUGAAAACACGUCGGCAUUCAAGUUUCGAGUUACCACCCGCCUCAACUCGGGUAGAACUGUGUCGGUACUCCAGCGUGCAGUUGUUCGUCGUUACCUAACCGACGAUCGAUCGGUAGUUGUGUGGCGAUCGUUUACCGAAGGCGAAGGAGUUUUCAUGGGCAUGCACGCUGAUGAACGUGGAUGGUGUGUGUCCAUUCCCCUGCCGAGUUCACCGAAGUCGAGAACGUUGACGCGAACAAUGAUGCGGCACGUGCCAAUGCAUUUCAGCUCGAAAUCUGUGCAGGCACCUGAUGCGAAGCAGUUUACCGGGUUUGUCCUGGACACGGGGACCGAAGAUGCUAACGAGAUUGCGAGCAGACUGGAAACAUUGCUGCUGCACGAUAAGUGA